GCUGGCUAGAGUAGCCCCACAAGUUUCCUCUCCCUGGGGGUCAGAGGCAAAGCCCAGCACCCAGACCCAGCUAGUUCUGGGCCAUGAGCUCCCCAGGCACGGUGAUCUGCCCCCGAGAGGAGGGACUAAUUUCUCCUCACUCCAAGAAGGACAACCCCAGCCUCCCUUUACCAGUCCGACGAAGUCCCUCCUGGUCCUCCUCCCCAGACGAGGACUCGGGUCUACUCGCCUUCCCUCUGGAAGAACCGGGCCACCCGGCCUCAGUCCCGGAGGAUCUUCCUUCUCCCUCGUUGUCCCUGGAGGAGGAAGAGGAGAAGAAUGAAGGGGAACUGGAGAUGCUAGUGAGUGAUGAGCACCCAGCUCAAUUCUUUGCAGAAGCUCGAAGGCUUCGGGACUUGAGCCUGCUGCUAGAUGAAGAGAUAUUAGUGCAGGGUCGAAGGUACGCGGUGCAUGGGGUGGUCUUGGCUUCAGUCAGCAGCCUCUUUCGCUCCCGCCUGAUGGGGAAUGGGGGCCCACGGCCCCCCGUACAGCUCGAUAUAGCCCGCCAGGGCUGGGAGGCUGUGCUGACCUUCGCCUAUGAGGGGGUAGUAGGUCCCGCCAAGUUGGAGGAUGUACUGGCCGCGGCGGAGGUACUGGGGUCUCCUCGGGUAGCAGCUGCUGCUGUAAGGAGUCUGGACCAGAAUCAAGGAGACAAGGAGCAGCAGGGACCAGAUAAGGCCGAGGAGUUGAGAGAGAACCUGGGUAGCAUCAAGCAGCUCUAUCAUGAGGGUAUUGGCUGUGACCUGGAUCUGGAAGCAGAGGACUGCCACCUGAAGGUUCACCGCGUGGCUCUGGUCUGUGGGAGCGAGUUCUUCGGGGCGAUGCUUUUGAGUGGGAUGCGGGAAUCCCAGGGCUCAGCUGUUGUUCUGCGUACAGUCACUGCCCCAGACCUACAGCUCCUCGUCUCCUUUGCCUACUCGGGGGCCCUGCAAACAAACUGGACAGGCCUCCUGAGGGCUACUCAGACUGCCCUGCAGUACCAGAGCGGCUCCUGCUUGGCCCUGUGCCAGAGAGCCUUGGCUCGGGGCCUCAGCCCUCUCCGAUGCUUAGCCUUGCUUCCUGUGGCCGAAGUCCCAGGACUGGAGAGACUCUGGGACAAAGCCCACUACUACCUCCUCACCCAUCUGCCUGCCGUGGCCUCCUGCCCUACCUUCCCAGACCUGCCUGCUCCCUGCCUGCUCAACCUCCUGGCCAGUGAUGAGCUGCACAUACAGCAAGAGUUCGAGGCCUUCGAGGCUGUAUGGCGAUGGUUGGCAGCAGAUCCCACUGGCAGAGAGCCUGAAGCCGAGCCUCUGCUUCGCUGUGUCCGUUUUGGUCGCAUGUCCACCCGGGAGCUGCGGCGAGUGAGAGCUGCCGGACUGCCCCUGCCUCUGCCCUCAUCCUUGCUGCAUCAGAUUCUGGUAGAGGCAGAGGUGCCAGGCCGAGAAAGGAGGCGGGAGCCCGCCCGGGCACUGGUGGUGGUUGGCGGGGAUGGGCUCACGCCCGACUUAGCUCAGAGUCAGCCCUCCCGAGGCGUGUGGUGGGCACGGGCCUUCUGCAGCGGCGUGGGGCUGGUCCACACGGUGGAAUGGGGUAAGCUACCUGCCUUGCCCCCUCCCGGGCGCUUCCGGCAUGGUGCUGCCAGUCUCACUGGGAAUGAACUCUACGUGUGUGGAGGGCAGCAUUACUACAGCCACUCAGACACCUUGGCUUCAGUCCUCAGGUGGGCACCUGGCCAAGGUAAGUGGGAAGAGUUGGCUCCAAUGGGUCAGGCACGAUGCUUCUUCCCACUGGUGGCUCAUGAUGGAAAUCUUUAUGCCUUGGGUGGGAGAGAUAAAGGGGCGGCCUUGGAUUCGGUGGAGGCCUACGAUCCCAAGCUUGAUGCCUGGAGGACAUCACCACCUCUCCCCACACCUUGCUUUGCACAUGCUGCCUCUGUGUUGGAUGGUCAGGUCUAUGUGAGUGGAGGCUGCAAUGAGACUGGUCAAUACCUGGCCUCUCUUUUUAACUACAGCCCUACUCGUAAGCCAUCAUGGACCUUGUUGAGUCCCAUGAAGACCCCUCGGGCAGGUCAUAUCAUGGUGGCACUGGGUGGACGUCUCUACGUAGCAGGAGGUCUGGGUGAGACUGGGGACCUGCUGAGUUUUGAGACCUAUGAACCGAGGACUGAUACAUGGAUGGGCCUGGAACCUUUGCCCUCCCCUCAUGUGGGAGCUGCUGGAGUCUCUCUUCAAGGGGAGAUAUUAGUUUUGGGGGGCUAUAGCCAUCAAACAUAUGCUCUCUCCCACCUAAUCCAUGCCUACUGCCCUGGCCUAGGCCGCUGGCUUUGCCUGGGAACCUUGCCCCGGCCUCGAGCUGAGAUGUCUGCCUGUGUCCUUCGUCUAUCUCCUGUGUAGCUGCAAACCCAGGAGCUGACUUAGCUCAGACUUUAAUCCCUAGUGGGGCAGAGAAAGGAGUGGAACAACAAGAAGAAAAAAUGGACAAACAGCAUGUAGAGAGUAAGGAUGUGGGGGAAGAGAAGAAAAACACUUGAGGGAAGAAAACUAAUAGGUCAGAUGAGGAGGAGGAAAGCCUUUAUUUAUAUUAGGGGUUCUUAAUGGUUUUUUGUGUCAUGAAUCCCUUUGGCAGUCUGAUGACACCUGUGGACCCCUUCUAAGAAUAAUAUU